GAGCAAGAUGGCGGAUGUGUCAAAGCAAUAGAGAUUUUGCUGUUUUGAUUUUGAUGAUCUCUUUCUGAAAACUCUCCGCGUACAGUAACUCGAGGAAAAGUGUGUGUGAAUCCCCGUGAACCAUCGAAGUGAGAGAUGGCUGCUGUAAAUGAUUGUUUUUCCAUUGGCAGUACAGUUGUGUGUACCACUUGUUUCAAUCAAAAUAUCGAGGGAGAAGUUCUGGCGUUCGACCAGAGCACCAAGAUCUUGAUUUUGAAAUGCACUGCCGUGAGCGGGAACGUGAAGCAGCACGAUGUCUUCAUGGUGAAUCUAAGCUUGUGUGGCGACGUUCAGGUGAAGAAGGAAGUUAGUACAAAGCCAGAUCCUCCACAGUCAUUAAAUCUCCAACGAUUGACCACCAGAUUGAGGAACACGCUGGAACAGAAGAAGCGCCUGGUGACGGCUCUCGCGGCUGGCGUGAGUCCCGACGGCCAGAAACUCUUCAUAGCGAUUUCUAAGACAAUUGAUCAAGUUACGUGGUCCGGCCCCAACAUAGUCGUCUUCAACGAUGUCACUAUAUCACCUCCAUACAAAGUAGACAAUGUCGCCGGGAAUCCAGACUCCAAACAACUGACUUAUGUGAAGAAAAUCGUGGAGAAGUAUCUAACGGAUUCAGCCGCCACAUCAUCAGCUACCAAUAAUCAAGGAAUACCCGCAGUAUCAGCCAAUUAAUUUAAAUUAUGAUUUGAAGAAGAAGAAAAAAGGAAGAGGAAAAGAGAAUAUAUUUAUAUUGAGCAAUUGACAGCAGACACUCUGAGAACAAAAAACAAAACAAGAAAGGCAGAACAAAAGCCGAAUUGGUCAGAAUGAAACAGCCAAAAAUCAACUUGAAUUAGUCAGAAUCCAAUUACAACUUUUCAAACUUUCCCUCCUAAUACAAUAGAUUGGCAAUUUUUUUUGAUUUAUCAUUUUCUCUCUGGAAGAAGGAAUGAAAUAAAAUAAAGAAGGAAAAAUCGAGUAGAAUGCCUGCAGUAUUUAUCAUUUUUCUCUCUCUAAAAAACAAAACAAAAACCAUCAAGGAAUAUAAUCUCUUUGAAAGUUUCUUUUGAGAAUCGAAAUUUCUUUUCAAACGUGCUGAUGACUUUUCUUGUGAUUUCUUUUUCAAAACUUUUUUCUCAUAAGGAAAUUUCCAUCAAUAAAUAAUUUACCUUUA